AUGGAGCCGCACCCGCAGUACGAGGACUUGGCGUACGACUACGACGGGGUGCCGGCGGGCAACUGGAGCGGCGGGGCCGCCGGGGCGCUGCAGUGCCACUGGGAAGAGGCGGAGACGGACUGGGAGGUGUCCUUCUCCCUCCUGCCGGUCCUCUACAUGCUGGUCUUCGUGCUGGGGCUGUCGGGCAACGGGCUGGUGAUCUUCACGGUGUGGAGCGGCCCGCGGGCCAAGCGGCGCUCGGCGGAUACGUACAUCGGCAACCUGGCGCUGGCCGACCUGGCCUUCGUGGUGACGCUGCCCCUGUGGGCGGCCUACACGGCGCUGCGCUUCCACUGGCCCUUCGGCUCGGCCCUCUGCAAGCUGAGCAGCUACCUGGUGCUGCUCAACAUGUUCGCCUCGGCCUUCUGCCUGGGCUGCCUGAGCUUCGAGCGCUACCUGGCCAUCGUGCACGCCCUGCCGCGCUCGGCCGGCCGCCCGCCCUCCUCCUCCUCCUCCUCGCGGCCCCGCGCCUCCACCCUCCUCUCGCUGGCCGCCGUCUGGCUGCUGGCCGGCCUGCUGGCCCUGCCGGCGCUGCUCCUGCGCGACACCCGGCCCGGCGGCCGCCGCCCGGACAACUUCACGGCCCUGGAGUGCGACAUGGACUUCAGCGCGGUGGCCUCCAGCCCGGCCGAGGAGGACCACUGGCUGGCGGCGCUGAGCCUGGCCACCACCGCGCUGGGCUUCGCGCUGCCGCUCCUGCUCAUGACGCUCUGCUACUGCUGCAUCGGCGCCACCGUCAGCCGCCACUUCCGCCAGCACGCCCGCAAGGAGGAGGGCAAGCAGCGGCGCCGCCUCCUCCGCAUCAUCGUCACGCUGGUGGCCGUCUUCGCCGCCUGCUGGCUGCCCUUCCACCUCCUCAAGAGCCUCUACGUCCUCCACUGGGUGGGCCUCCUCCCGCUGCCCUGCGCCCUGCAGGAGCUCAUCCCGCGCCUCCACCCCUACGCCACCUGCCUGGCCUACGUCAACAGCUGCCUCAACCCCUUCCUCUACGCCUUCUUCGACAGCCGCUUCCGCGCCCACUGCCUCCUCCUGCUCGGCCUCCGCAAGGCGCUCCGCGGCCAGGCCGGCUCCGUCUCCUCCACCCUCAGCGGGCAGACGCAGAAGUCCGAGGUGCCCUCCCUCGGCACCAAAGUCUAGGGCCGGCGCGCGACCCCACGCCUCCCCUCCGCGGACUCCCCAAGGCGCAGACUCGGCUCCACGAACUGGCGGGAGGAGGAGACACGCGCGGCGCGGGGCAGGUGACUUUGGACUGGGCGCCCCUCCCCGGCAGCGCGCCUUCGGGUUCUCCCGCCCAGCAGCACUUGGACUUGUGGGCAAUGUUCC